CGGGGCGACCGCACUAAGCUGUGAGCGCUCUUUUCUCCUCUCCUCCACCAAGCGCGUCUUUUACUGUUGACAUAAAAACUUUGAAGAGGUGAGAGUCGAAACGUCAAAACGCCGACAAAUCACCGUCGACAGCGCGCAUCAACAAAGAAGAAAGGGGAAAAGAAAAGAACCAUCAAGUCUGAGAAAAGCGGUGGAGCCGGGAGAAAGAGGGAGCUAUGCCAUCUCCCGCCGAGCAGAGCCCAGUCCUCCAGUGUUGUGUGUCGGAGCUGCAGCAUGGUGUCUCUUUCUGGACUCUGGACCUACUGCCUCGCCCCGGGGAGAACUCAUCUCCUUUCCUUCUCUGCCAGAACGCUCCUGCUGCUUCUCUUAUUAACCGUCUCUUCCUCCCCGGACGCCUGCUUCCCUCACCCACAACCUUGCCACAUUCUCGCCCGGAUAGGACACACCGUGCGUCUCGGUGCGCUCUUGCCGACCCGACAGCCGGCACGGAUACAAAACGCGCUCAACCGCGCCCUGGCCAGCCUCCGGCAUCAAGGCGGAGGGGCAGACUCCUCCACAACAACCUCUCAGCCACCUCCUCUGCUGCCCUACAACCUGAGCUUGGAAAUGGUGGCUCGAUCGCCCGCGGGAGGGGACCCUGAGUCAUUGUCCCGUAGUGCCUGCCAGGACCUGGUGGUCAGGGGUGUGUCAGCCGUGCUCGCCUUUCCCCGCUCCAGGGAGGAGCUGAUCCAGGUGGAGUUUCUCUCCUCUUUCCUGGAGAUCCCCUUCGUAUCUAUCCUGGAGGACACAGAACCCCUUGUGACUAAGAACCGAUUUCACCUGCAGAUGUCAGCCCGUGUGCCUCCAUCAACCCUGGGAAGUUUGCUCCUUGCAGUUUUGCAGGGGGGAGAUGGUGGGGAUAGGGAUAGAGGAAGUCGGGGGGACAGCUGGGGAGGAGCAGCUGUAAUCUGCCCAGGCUGGGACGAAGGCGGUGAUGGCUUACUGACCCACCUUCAGAAGUACAGUGGUUCAACCUGGCAUUUGUGGGACAUAAUCAACCUGACUCGCAUCACAGGGAGCAGAGAUAGAAGAGGGGGGAGCAGUGAGGAGAGAAGGGAGGAGCAGAUGGAAGAAGAGGCUUUGAAGAUCAUCUCCACCCGUUUCCUGCGCUCCCCCUCACCUGUUUCGUCUGUUCUCCUCCUGGGAUCCGACCCCGAGUGUCUAUCCUCCGUCCUUCGGGCUGCUCAGCGCCUCGCACCAUCACUACCAGCACUGCAGUGGAUCAUGGGAUAUCCCUUGUCUCCAGAUUCGCUGCACACUUUAGGAGGUCCUCUUGGACUGUUAGCCUAUGGGGAGGUCGGCCGCAAGCCAAUAAGCUUCUAUAUACGGGAUGCUUUGCAGCUGAUUGGCCGGGCGGUCACUGCAGCAACCAUGGUGAGGCCAGAUUUGGCACUCACUCAGAACAUGGUAAAUUGCUAUGACAAACCAAACCGACAUGAACAGCCCUCUUCUGGACAAUAUCUAGCCAGGUUUCUCUCCAACACUUCCUUCACCGGGGCCACAGGCCUGAUCCAGGUCGAUGCUGGUGUUUCUCGGAUUCUGUCCUCCCAACUGUUUCAUGUAUGGAGUCUGAAGAGAGGUGCUCUGGGGCAGCCUGCUUGGGUUACUGUAGGCCAGUGGACCCGAGGUCGACUGGAGUUGGAGGGUGGCAUUCUGGGACUGGUGGGAGGGUUCAUGACCAGCCAGGGACAAGGUCUUGGAGCCGGGGUGAGGGGAGGGGAUGGCCAGGGUGACGGCAACUUUGGAGGUCGCUGGAGGCCGGGACUUUCGGUUGAAGGGCACCGCCUCAGGGUUGUGACCCUGGUGGAACACCCAUUUGUCUUCACACGGGAGGUGGACGAGGAUGGAUUGUGUCCAGCUGGACAGCUUUGUCUGGACCCCAAAACUAACCAGUCUAGUAUAAUACAUGGCCUUUUUAACCAGCUUCACAACUCAAAUACUACAACAGUAGACUGGGAUGGCACAGAACUACCAGAGGACCUGAGAAAGUGCUGCUAUGGGUACUGCAUUGACUUGUUGGAAAAGCUGGCAGAAGAUAUGGGCUUCACAUUCGACUUAUAUAUUGUGGGAGAUGGAAAGUAUGGGGCGUUCAGUGGGACAGGACGCUGGACGGGACUGGUAGGAGAUCUGCUGAGCGGAACCGCCGAUAUGGCCGUCACCUCUUUCUCUAUUAACUCUGCCAGGAGCAGAGUUAUAGAUUUCACCUCACCCUUCUACUCCACCAGCCUGGGCAUUCUGGUCCGUAGCCGGGACACUGCAGCUCCCAUUGGAGCCUUCAUGUGGCCCCUCCACUGGUCCAUGUGGGUGGGUAUUUUUGUCACGCUGCAUCUCACAGCGCUCUUCCUCACCUUGUAUGAGUGGAACAGCCCCUUUGGCAUGACACCCCAUGGCCGGAACAGACUACGUGUAUUCUCCUACUCCUCUGCUCUUAAUCUCUGCUACGCCAUACUGUUUGGACGCACUGUCGCCACCAAGACCCCUAAAUGCUGGACAGGACGCUUCUUGAUGAACCUUUGGGCUAUCUUCUGUUUACUGGUGCUGUCCAGCUAUACGGCCAACCUUGCUGCAGUAAUGGUGGGGGAGAAGACGUUCGAGCAGGUUUCAGGAAUUCACGAUGACAAGCUGCACCAUCCGUCCCUGGGCUUCCGUUUUGGUACAGUGAGGGAGAGCAGUGCUGAGGAUUACAUGAAGAAAAGUUUCCCGGAGAUGCACGACUACAUGAGACGCUUCAACCAACCCACCACUCCAGAAGGUGUACACAUGUUAAAGACAGAUCCUCCUGCCCUGGAUGCAUUCAUCAUGGAUAAAGCCCUGUUGGACUAUGAGGUCUCUAUCGAUGCAGACUGCAAACUACUUACUGUGGGAAAGCCAUUUGCUAUUGAAGGCUAUGGUAUUGGCCUUCCCCAGGGUUCUCCUCUAACCCGUAAUGUGUCAGAGUUCGUCAGUCGCUACAAGUCUGACGGUUUCAUGGACAUGCUACACGACAAAUGGUAUAAGGUUGUACCCUGCGGAAAGAGAGUCUUUGCAGUCACUGAGACUCUACAGAUGGGAAUCCAGCAUUUCUCAGGCCUGUUCGUGUUGUUAUGCAUGGGGGUAGGUGGAGCCUUGCUGACCUUGGCAGGUGAACACACUUUCUAUCACCUGGUCAUCCCUCGCCUCCGGCGUAGCCACACACUUCAGUACUGGCUGCACACCAGCCAGAAAAUUCACAGAGCCCUGCACACCACAUAUGAGGAUGUUGGAAAGGAAAUGGCCGGCCUUGAUCAAAACCCCUCUUGUAUCUCGGAGAACUGCACCCUACACAGGAAACAGCAUCAGCCUCCUCCACCAUCCCCUCCCACGUCAGCUGGGGACACGGGCAACUCCUCACCAUCCAAUGAACCCAAGGAGAAACGCGUGCACUUUGACCUGGAAACGCUUCACAGCUACCGCCUGCGCACACACACCGCCUCAGUGCGCGGCAGGCCUGGGAUGGUUGGCCGUCCUGGACUUGGCCUCGGAGGGUUGGGGCUUGGCAACCUGGGGAGUUUUACUUCUCCUCCACAGAUUAGCCUCCAUGUCAACGGGGGCCCUGUCUCGACUCUGGCUUCCACAGGUUUGGUGCUGUCUCCCAUGGGAACCAGAGGUGCUCAGACCAGCUUAUGGGAAGGGGAGCUCCAGGAGUUGCAGGCAAAGAUCGAGAUAUUCCGCACCCAGCUGAGAGAGGCUCUGGCUAGGAGAGCUGAGAUCCAGAGCAGUCUGGAGAGAGAGAGGAGUGGACUGGUACGCAGGGAUACUAGUCUUGAUAGGGACAGGGACAGACAGAGGAUACAAACUAUUAAUACAGACAGAAGUAGCUCCACUCAGCCCAGGCUCCCUGACAGAGACAGGACCAGCCAGCUGCAAACCCUGAAUAAUCAGCAGACUGGGCGGGCUAACCAGUCAGGUGGGCCUGGGACUGUGGAGCAUGGGAGAAGCAGCCAGUUAAACACAGUUAACAGUUUGGACAGAGGCAGAGCCAACCAAGUGCGCCCUGUUAAUACUUUGACAGGAGAAAGGACUGUCCAGUCGCGCACGUCCACUAGUUUGGAGCGAAGUCGAGCCAACCAACAAGGUGCUGGAAAUACAACUAUCCAAACACGGAAUACUUCUAGCCUGGACAGACAGAAGGCUAACCUAUCACGUGCACUGAACACUUUGGAGAGGACAAAUGCUAACCAGUCGACUGUAAGCAGUGAGACUUGAUUAACUCCUGACCUGUAGGACUGCAACAGGGUUAGUGAGGUAUUGCUUGCAUAGCCGCGGGAAGAUGGCUUUAUUGGUAUGGGUUACAUUUAUGUGGCGUUUGCUGAACUAUAACAGUACGUGUUUACUCACAAUGUUACUUACUGCAACCUAAUAAUUUUCAUGCUGAGAAUUAUUUCCACACUUACUUAAAAAUGCAACUAAAAAUAUUUUUUUGCAAGUGAAGAGCUGAUGUCAUCCAUGAAAUAUUAAUUAAGCAAUGUAAUAUUUAAAUAAAAAGCAGAACAUAACCCCAUUAAUAUCCCGACAUACCAGAUCCGACAAACUGAAAUGGGAAUCCAGAAACCACGGUGCUUACUGUGGAAAACAGUAGGUCACAUGAGGAAUCGCUGUAGGAACUAUAAUAAAUCAAAAAUGUGGUGUGUUGUGCUGGCUGAAAAGGCCUACAAGCACAUAUGGAUAAUUGCAAAAGCACAGAAAAAUCACAAUUAACUUUAACUAAAUUGAAUGAAUCCACAUACACAUCCAAUACAUAGGAUAAUAAAAAGAAACAAAUUAGCAUAUUUCAAUUAACCAAUAUAAUAAUUUCCUAAAAUUAUGAAUGAUGAAAAUAAAAGUGUUGCACAAUCCCAAAACAAUUCUCUUUUGGGGCAACAAUCCAGAUCCCAUGAAACUGAAGCAAGCCUUACGUGCAUUGACGCUUUGCAUCUUUGCUUAUGUUGUUCUGCAGUAGAUAUACCCAACGAGUCAAAUACUCUUUUUGGAUAUUUUUAUAUGCUUCUCUCCUGUUACAAUACGUCACUUUGUGAGA